AUGGUCCCCCACAACGGACUAGUUCACCCUAAGCAGUACGACAUCAAGGACAGCAAUGUCGAGCUGAUCGGGUCUGACCUCGAUCACCGAGUCAAGUACAACUCAGCUCGCACCGAGCCGGCCUGGAACAACGGUAAGGUUGGCCAGGAGCCGGGCCUUUUUAUCUGGCGCGUCGAGAACUUCGAGCUCGUUCCCUGGCCAAAGGAGCGAGCGGGAGAGUUCUACGAUGGCGACAGUUACAUCGUCCUGAGCUCGACAAGACUGGGCAACGACAAUACCAAGCUUCGCCAUGAAAUCUUCUUCUGGCUGGGAAACAAAACCACCCAGGAUGAGGCCGGGACGGCGGCCUAUAAGACCGUUGAACUGGACGAGUUCCUGCACGGUGCCGCAACGCAGCAUCGCGAGGUCCAGGAGCACCCGUCGGAGGACUUCACCGCGCUCUUCCGCCGCAUCACCAUCCGCUCUGGAGGCGUCGCAUCUGGUUUCACCCAUGUGGAGGAGAGACAGCCGAGAGAAGUGACGACACUGCUGCGCGUCUUCAAGCAUUCCGGCGCCGCUCCUGGCGGUCCUGGCUCAGUUAUCGUCCACGAGGUCGAACCGACCUGGCAGAGCCUCGACGACGACGACGUCUUUGUCUUGGACAAGGGCGCGAAGAUCUGGGUCUGGCAGGGCAAGCACUGCAGUCCCAUGGAGAAGGCCCUGGCGGCACAGGUGGUGAAUGAUAUGACGCUGGCCAAGCACAUCGACGUGGAGGUCUUGUCCCGUCACGAAUCGCGAUCGAAGGUGGUCGUGGAUCUACUGGGAGGAGAAGGUGUUAUCCAAGAUACUUUCAAAUCUCCGCGUCCGAUCUCGCCUUCUAAGCGAGCACAGGAAAAUGCGAGUGCUGGGUCUCCCCGCAAACUGUUCCGGCUGAGUGAUGCCUCGGGCGAGCUCUCGUUCAGUCUCGUUAAGGCCGGAGAGCCGGUUCGACGACAGGACUUCGACGGCAACGAUGUCUUCUUGUAUGAUGUCGGCACUCAGCUCUGGGUGUGGCAGGGGCUCCGAGCAAGUCAGGCAGAGAAGGCUCUGUGGCUCAAGGUUGCCCAAGCUUACAUUCGGCACCUCCAGAGCCGGGAAUCCAAUCCCGUUGUUUCCACAAUUCCCAUUUCGAAAGUUGUACAAGAUUACGAAAGUCCUUCUUUUCUAAAGACGGUGGAUUUUUAA